UGUCCAGUCCAUAUUAUUGUGUCUAUGAUGGAUUGUGUCUAACUUCGUUUUUAUGUUGUAUUUUGAAUGUUGUUGAUAUAUUGGAUAUUUCAUUUUUAAAAUUAAUAGAAGUUGAUAAGGAAACGACAAACACAGAAAAUGAAUGAAAGGUAGUGAACAAAAUUGCAAUACUCACAACAGUCUUUCUCCACUUUGAAAAAUAUGAACAUUUGUGUUGAAAAAUAUUUAAAGACUCUGAAGUUUAUAGAAAGUGCUAUUUGAGAGUAUUCAAACAUGACAUCCACUAAAGAAACUCAAACUGUUGGCAUCAAAAAACCUGUUACAGAAGUGAUAACUCCACAUAAACUCACUCUGACAAUUCUUAUAAGGAAUUAUUGUCUAUAUCGGGAAGAUGAAAAAUUCAAAGGAAUGGAAGAUGAGGUUCUCCGCUGUAAAUAUCGCAGAGACUUCUCUGUAUUGAUGUUACGUCUCUUACAAAGCCCAGAUCUACCACAUCAUGAGUUGAGAAACUUAUUCACCUCCAAGAAAUAUCUAAUUCCACAAACGUUAAUUGAAUCAUUUAACCAAUCUCUGUCCACUUUAAACAAAUUGGGAGUGGGCAACUUACUUGACAUUGUUGAAAGUUUACAAAAACUGAUGAACCAUGCAGAUGAUCCUACAAACAAUGGUGUUAUAGCAAAAUCAAGUAUUGUAGGGUACUAUUUGAGGAGGUUCAAUGUUUAUUUUGACAAAUUAACAUUUUCUGAAGUAACUGGUGUGUAUGAGAAUUUCCAAAGGUAUUAUGAGGAGUGGAGAAGAACUUCCAGAUUCUUGAAUACUGCAGAGGAAACUGUUGACAAUUGGUGUAAUGACAGAGAACAGUGGUCAAGGCGGCAAGCAGAGCUGUUCAUAGCCACUCAAGCAUCGUUGUUAGCUUUUAAUGAAGGUAAAGCUUUACCACCAAAAGAGUUACUUAAAAGAAUCAAGGAAAUACUUAAAUCUAAUCCUGAUUUAUCUGGAGCACAUUUUCUAUCCUAUUUGAACUAUCUUCGAGUUGAUGAAUAUUGUGGAGCACUUGAUAGUUUACUUCAUUGCUUUGAUAGAAAUGUUGACCCGGACUUGAAGAGCUUCAACGAUGAAAAAAGUAGACGUGUUAGAUUUGCUUCACUGAAUUUAGCAAUCUUGCACUAUCACUUUGGACACACAGAAGAAGCUCUCACUGCACUUAAAGAAUCAAUAAAAAUAUCUCAACAAACGAAUGAUAAUGUUUGUCUACAACAAGCUCUUUCCUGGUUAUACCUUCUCACCAAUGUUAAUGAAGAUAAGCUUAUGAUUCAUUGUAUACUGAAAAGCUCUGAACUAAGGUUGAGCUAUACUGCAUCCUUGGCGUUGCAAACUUUUGGACAAUACGGAUGCCUGCAUAAUCAAGAAACAUAUGAAAUUUUUGAGACUUUGGCUAAGAGUGAUAUGAUCAAUUGCCAACACAACUAUAAAGAUCUGAUUUCCAACAACCAUGCCAUAAAGUCUUCCCUCUGGCAACUUUACGGUAAAACAGAAAUGUCUUCUCUAUGGAGCCAGUUGCUUCUCUAUCAAAAUAUGGAUUCCGUUUCUCCAAGCAGGGUAUACUACGGAGAAGGAUUUUGCCUGGCCGUUUGUAACAUAGCCAACCAUCUUCUGAUACAGGGAGAAUAUGCUUUAGUGAACUGCAUUAUCAGUUUUGCCAAGAAAAGAUUUCCUUAUGAACCACAUUCGCGACACUGGAUGUUGUGUGAAAAUUUAUUCGUGUUCACAAGGUCUUUAUAUCAUGAGAAAUGGACAGAAGCCGAAUCUGCUGCUCAGAAAAUUCUUGUGGUUAACAAAUGGGAGGGAUAUUUGAGAUUGGCAGAGGUUUACUUCUACAAGCAAGAUUAUGUUGAGGCUGAUAAUUGCGUAGAAAUGUUACUGAAGCAAUAUGAAAACGAUAAUUCGUAUAAGUUCAGCGAUGGAUAUUAUUAUGUUAGAGCCAAAAUCGUCAAGGCUGAAAUUCAAUUUGCAAGUAGCCAUCCCGAUUCCAUUCCUGCUGGUAUUAUCACGAUAUUAAAUAACUGCCUCAUAGAGUCUCAAACAUCUCAUUUAGACUACCAAACGGCAUUGGUACAUCUGCAUAUAGCCAACUGCUUGCUCCUGAUUGGAUUGACUGGUCAAGCCUUGAAGGUGCUAGACAAAUGUUUGAUUCAGAUUUUGGGACAUGGAGGAUGUUACGACAGAGCUAGAGCUACCCUACUGUAUGCCAAGUGCUUGAUAGCUGAUUCGCAUAAGUUGGAGGAGGAUAUGAGGAAAGAGGUUAUUUUGAAUUGCACCAGGAUGUUGGAUAAAGUCAAGAAAAAUUUUAAAAAGGUUGAAGCUUAUUCUCGAGUCAAGGAUGUUUUAUAUUUACAGAGUCAACUGUAUCAUAUGGUCAACAUGAAAGAAGAGAGGAAUAAAUGCGCAUUAGAUUAUAGAUUAUUGGAUGAAGAACGCGAAACAAGAAAUAUUUAUACUUUAGUGAAGUAUGUCUGAUUUUAUUUCAUCUGUUUUCUGAAUAAAGUGAUUUUGUUUA